AUGUCCUGGAACUGGCUUCCUAGCUUCUUCAGCUCAGCCUCAAUUCAAGAGCACGCCGAUGCACUUGGAUACGUUUUCCACUCUGAAGGUUACUACGAAUCAGCCUACACAGCAUGGAAAGGCGCCUUCAGGCAUCGUAAUACACCUUCCAACGUCUAUGAUGCCGAGUGGUGCCAUAACCUUGAACUUCUCGGUCUAAAGCUUCACACGCUUGACCGACCUGAGGAAGCUUUGAAGCGCCUCAACGAAGCGCUCACCUACAAAGAAAGCACACUCUCCCACGACGAUAUUAAGGAUCGCGAGAGCGCUGGUCGCUCAACACAAGUAUAA